UGAACAUGCUCAAACUCAGACAAAAUUGCUCUAAGUCAGCAGGGCGUUAUCACUUUAAGGAUGAAAAGGCCAUCAAAGAGAGACAAAUCAGGAUCAAGAACCUCCUGACAGAGAAACUUUUGAAAUCUAUUGCAUCUGAACAAAGUGGAGGAGGAAGAAAUUUAGAAACUCUUAAGAAAUUCCAAAAUAAGAAAAAUAACCUUAGCUGAUUCAAGAAACCCCUAGGGCCUAAAGAAUACAUAAAAAUGAGAGAUAUUAUUGAGAAAGAGAUAGACUCAUAUUUCAGCAAUGAUAAAGUCCUUGGGUAUUCACAGAUCACAGUGAUUAAAAAGAACGCUUUGCUUAAAUACCACAAAGGAAAUCAAAGUUGUGAAGAUUUUAAGAAAAAUGAUUCAAAAUUAGAAAAAGUGCAGAGACUCAAUAUAAAUGAUUCGUUAGAAGCCCAUAAAAUUUCCUCCAUUCUACAAGAAGGAGCUUCUAGAGAAUAUAAAAAUGCGUAUGCAUCUCUCAAUACUACUAAGAUUCCUGAUAUUUGCAGGUCAAAAUCUCAUAUUGCUAAAUCUCAUAUGGGCAAAAGGACAAGGAACAAUAAAAAUGGCUUGUUUAAGAUUAAUAACACUCUUGAAGACAGGAGUACAGUUAUCCACAGAAAAGGAUUAGGCUUAAUAGAUGAUUACGACUGUAAAGAUACCAAGCUCAAGGCGGUCUGUUCCAUGAAUAAUAGCUAUGACUGUGGGAGGGACAACUCAAGACUGACUAAACUGAAUGCUCGUCAUACCUUCUACAAUGCAAAAGAAAGCUGGGAUAGAAUAGUUGAAUACAACAUCCUUAAGGAAAAAGUGCAGAUCAAGAAAGAAAAUGAGGAAAAACGAAAUAAAAUCUCCAACAUGAAAGCAAUGCUAAAUGCCCAAAUGCAGGAGCAAAGGAAGAAUAAGAAGAAAGCAGAGAAGGAAAGACUUCUUCUUCAGAAUGAGAUCCGUCUUAAAGCUGAGCAAGAUGAGCGUGAAAAGGAAAGAAUCCUUCUUGAAGCUAGACAGAAAGUCAGAACAGAGAAAGCCAAUAGAGAUCUUCAAAUCACACUCAAGCUUAAAGCCAAAGAGAUGGAGAUUAAAGAAAAGAAAAAGUUCGAAGAGAUGAUGCUUAAGAAAUUACAUCAAGAAAUAGAAGAUGAGAAACAGCAGAAAAUCCAAAGGAGAAAAUAAAGAAAUGGACGACUGCAAGCGAGUUAUAGAAUCCAUCCAAAAAUCUGAGCUUGAGAAGUUAGAGAGGCAAAAUAAAGAGAAAAUUGCUGACAACGAAGCUAUUGAGAAAUAUGCUAAAUACCUUGAGGAUCAGGAGAAGAAACGCAAGGAGGAAAUAGAAAAUAAACACGAACUCAUGCAAAAGAGGCUGAAUAAAAUGAAAGAAUCAGUUGUGGACAAGCAAAAUCUCAAAGAAAAGGAAGAAGAAAUGAAGCUACUCAAGUCUAUUCUUAAGAAGGAACAACAUGAAAAAGUUAAAGAGAAGAAUAAUCGAAUUAAGCUUAAGAAUAAUCAGAAAAACUUCCGUGACUACUUAGCCAAGCAGAUAAGAGAGAAGGAGCAGAUACAGAUCCUUGAGAGAGAAAAGAACAAUGCAUUCAUGAAGGAAAUAUUAACCAAAGAUGCUGUUGAGCAAAAGGAAGAGAAAGAAAAAGAUCUUGACCAACAAAUUCAAGAGAAGAAGUAUGAUACCAACCAAAUGACUGAAACAGAAAUGAAACUGAACGCAAAAUUUCUGGAUGAGCUAAACAUCGAGUAA